UUGCCAACACUCAAUCUAUUGCUGAAUAUAAAAAGACCAUCUUCUUCUACCCCCAAUCUCGCAUCAAACAAUUUUGACUAAGUUAGCCAUGGCACUACCAAUGAAACUUGCGCUUCUCACUGCACUUGUCGUGGUUUUCUGCACCACCACCACCACCACAGAGGCAGCAAAACGGAAGCAAACACUCACCCGUAUCCAAUUCUACCUCCACGAGAUCCGAGCAGGCCCGAAACCGAGUGUCGUCCGGGUUGCUGGCCGUCCGAAUUUCACCAGCCCAAAUCCAAUUUUAGCCUCGUUUGGAUCCAUUUCAAUAAUGGACAACCCCCUGUUGGCCACACCGAACCCGAAGUCGCUACCUAUUGGCCGUGCUCAAGGGUUGUUUGCCCUGUCAUCGAUGGAGGAGAUUAGUAUUCUAAUGUCGGCUACUUAUAUCUUCACUGCUGGACCUUACAACGGGAGCUCAUUCAGCUUGUUAGGUCGGAAUCCGGCGUUGGAGCCGCUGAGAGAAAUCCCGAUCGUCGGCGGCACUGGAGUUUUUAGGCUUGCGAGAGGAUAUUGCUUUGUGAGAACACAUGCAAUGAGUCAAACGGAUGCCAUGAUCGGAUAUAAUGUGACCUUGAUAUACUAAUUGAUGCAGUUGCAGCAGCUGCCGAGCACUUCUACAUGGUGUGGGACUUGGCAAGGGGCGUUGACUGAAGAUCGAGAUUUAUUACGGCAAUCUUGUGUUGCUUUUUAUAUCUAAUAGUUUGCAUGUGUUUGAGAUUAAUUAGCAUAUUUGUUGUUUAGGGUUUGUUGAACGUAUUUAAGACUUUUGUAAGCCUUUAUUGAGGGCAAUUAUCUUUUGAUUAAAUAAAACAAAACAGAGAAGAGUUUCUCUAAAGUUCUGCUUAUCAAUUCUUGGUGAAUUGACGAACUUGUGGGAA